AUGGACUGCAUCAUUGAGGAAGGAGAACAGUUUAACCUCAGGAACUUGACUAAUACCAUUUACAAGGAAUCACAACCUGUUCCCACUGAGGUGGAUCCUAAGGAUGAAGAUUUGGAAAGUAGAAUUUCUCUUGCGACCGAGAGACUACAAAAAUAUGUAGCUGACAGUGCGCAGCCAUCUAAUGGUCGAUCAGCUAGUGGUACCCCUACUAUAACAACAACGCCGUCCACCAAAGCUAAAUUACAUUCAAUAUUAGGAGCAGCUUCAGCAGUUGGUGUCUUAAGUAUCGACGUUAGGGUUCCUCAGAUGAACGAAAGAAUCAGAGUCGCGGGUGGUCGCAAAAGGAAGGUGGCAAACUCUAGAAAAACAGAAAAGAAAGGUACUACUACUGGCCACUAUCUUAAGUUCCUGGUUGGUACGUUAGAUCAAUUAGACAAAUACCCUGAAUUAAAAGGAUUCUAUCUCGUUAUGGAUAAUGCUCAUAUCCAUAAUCAUGAAGAUAUUGAACGUUUGAUUACUGAUAGAGGUAGACAAUCAGGCUUGUCGUCGACUACGUUUCUCCAAUUGGAUUUGAUAGCUUCAAUUGUCAUUCCAUCUUCCCAUACUCCUGUUAUUCUGGCCUUUGAGUCAAUUAUUUCUGGUGUUCCCUCGUAUCAACAGGAUCAAUAUGUACAAAAACUUGUACGAGAUUUCUCCAUUGUAGAUCCUAGAGUACACACAUAUUUCGAGAACGAUCUGAUCGUGAAACUAAAUUUCCUAUGUUACUUCCAGUUAGAAGUACUUCUGCGUGACUCUUUAUUCCCUCCAAAACCUACCACCACUUUUGGUACAGGCAAGUAG